AUGAAGAGAACGACAUUUUGUCUAAUUCUUUUUAAUUUUUAUUUAUUAAUUAUAAAGAACAGUUAUUCUAAAUCCAAUUUAAGGAAUAACCCAAAAUACUUAUAUGAAUCAGUAGAGGGCAACAAUACUUUUCAAAUAAAAUUACCUACUAUUACUUUUCCAUCAAAUAAUAAUAUAAACAGUUAUAAAAAUGUAGAAAGGGAAACAAGAAAUGUUAUAUCGGAUGAUAUAUCUGAAUUGUCAUCAUAUUCCUUUUUACCAUCGUUAUUAAAUGCAGUUUAUUUAUUUUCUUCUUUGUGUUUCAUAUUAUGUUUAACAGGUCUAAAUGAUCAUAAGACAUCAAAAAGAGGUAAUAUGUUAGGUUUUAUAGGAAUAAUAGCUGCAAUUUUAGUAACAUUUAGUCAAGUAGGGUUCGGAUUCAGAUAUGAAUUAUUCUUUUUAAUAGUAAUACCAGCUGUAAUUAUAGGAUUAUAUAUUGCUCAUAAUGUAAAUAUGAUUCAAAUGCCACAAUUAGUUGCUCUAUUUCACAGUUUCGUUGGCUUAGCUGCUUUAUUUGUAGGGUUUUCUAAAUUUCAUUCUGCGUCUUUUGAAAAUUAUGAAAUGAAUACAAUUCAUCUGAAUGAGAUUUAUAUAGGAACAUUCAUUGCUUCUAUUACAUUUAUUGGAUCAUUAGUUGCAGCAGGAAAAUUAAGUGGAAUUUUAGAUAGUAAAUCUUUAAAAUUGAAAACAAAAAAGUUAGUUAAUAUUUUAUUUAUGAUUAUUAUUAUAAUUCUAGGAUAUUAUUUUGUUAACAACCAACUUUUAUACUUAAAAACUAUUUGCCUAUAUACUUCCUUCAUUAUUGAAUUAUUCCUUGGAUUCCAUUUAAUAGCAUCUAUUGGUGCAGCAGAUAUGCCUGUAGUUAUAAGUGCUUUAAAUUCUUACUCAGGUUUUGCUACAGCUAUAAGUGGAUUUUUGCUCCAUAACAAUUUAUUAAUUAUAUCAGGUUCACUUAUUGGUUCUUCAGGAGCUAUAUUAUCUUACAUUAUGUGCAUAGGAAUGAAUAGAGAUAUUUUUAAUAUAAUAUUAGGAGGAUGGGAUGAUUAUGAAGAAUUAAGUGAAUCUUUACAAGAAAAAGAAAAAAAAAAGUCUGCGAAUUCUACAACAAAUAAAUAUGUUGCGGACAACUUAAUCAAUGCAAAAAAUAUUGUUAUUGUCCCAGGUUAUGGUGCUGCUGUUAGUAAAUGUCAAAGAGAAUUAGCUGAAAUUUGUAGUAUAUUAAAAUCAAGAAAUAUAGAAGUAAAUUUUGCUAUUCACCCAGUUGCAGGAAGAAUGCCAGGUCAUUUAAAUGUGCUAUUAGCAGAAGCAAACAUUCCUUAUAAUAUGGUUAAAGAAAUGAAUGAAAUCAAUCCAUUAAUAUCUGAUGCUGAUAUAGUUCUAGUAGUUGGGGCUAAUGAUAUCGUUAACCCUUCUUCUUUAGAUCCUUCAAGUAAAAUUUACGGAAUGCCUGUUAUUGAAGUAUGGAAAAGUAGACAAGUAAUUAUUUUAAAAAGAAGUUUAAGCGCUGGUUAUUCAGCUAUUGAUAACCCAUUAUUUUAUUACUCCAAUACAUUUAUGCUUUUUGGGGACGCUAAAUAUUCAACUAAUCAAAUUUUGACUAUUUUGAAUGAUUAUAUAAGUCAUAAACAUCCCGUAAUUACUCAAGAAGAUAGAAAAAUCGCUCAAAAAGAAACAGAAUCUGGAUCAUUGCAUUCCAUAGUGGAUAGCUUUCCAAGUGAAGAAGAUAUAAAAUUAACAGAAGAUUAUCCUAAACCUAGGAGAGUUAUCGGUCUAGUAAGAAAUGAUGAUAUAGAGGAGAAAAAAAAAGAAGAAAAUGAAGUCAAUUUAACUAUAGUUCCUCUUGCACCCAAAUUUAUACCAAAUUUAAGAAAAAUGGGUUUUCGUAUAUUGGUUGAAGAAGAUAUAGGAACAAAAAUAUUAAUAAAAAAUGAAGAAUAUACUAAAUAUGGUGCUGAAAUAGUAUCAAGAGAAAUUAUUUUUAAACAUAGCAACAUCAUACUAAAAGUAGAUCCACCAACAAUAAAUUUUAUAAAUGAAAUACCAAACAAUACAAUAUUAAUUGGCUAUUUGUGGCCAGGUAUUAAUCAACAUUUAUUAGAAAAAAUAGUAGAAAAUAAGGAAAAAAAAAAUAUUACUUAUCUAGCAAUAGAUGAAGUGCCUAGAUCUACUCGUGCCCAAAAAUUAGAUGUUAGAAGCUCUAUGAGUAAUUUACAAGGAUAUAGAGCUGUUUUAGAAGCUUUUUUUAUUUUGCCAAGAUUUAGUAAAUCUUCUUUAACUGCAGCAGGAAAGAUUAACCCAGCAAAAGUUUUUGUUGUUGGUGCUGGUGUAGCAGGGCUACAAGCAAUUAUAACAGCAAAAAGCUUAGGAGCUAUUGUAUAUGCUCAUGACUCAAGAUUAUCAACAGAAGAAGAAGUGAGAAGUUGCGGUGGAAUAUUUAUUCGAAUACCAACUGAUGAAACUAACAAUUCAGAUAUCUAUACAAAAACAAUGAGUGAACAAUAUGAGAAAAUACAAAGGGAUAUUUUCAAAAAAAUUAUUAAGAAGUGUGAUGUUUUAAUUUGUGCAGCGUUUAUUCCAGGAAAAACAUCUCCUAAGUUGGUAACUACUGAAAUGAUUAAAUUAAUGAAAGCAGGAAGUGUAGCUGUGGAUUUGUCAACAGAAUUUGGGGAUAAAGAAAAUAAUUGGGGUGGAAACAUUGAGUGCUCCCAAUCAAAUAAAAAUAUUAUUAUAAAUAGUGUUCAUAUAUUAGGAAGAGAUAAAAUAGAAAGAAAUAUGCCACUGCAAGCUUCUGAUUUAUUUUCAAUGAAUAUGAUAAAUUUAUUAGAAGAAAUGGGUGGAGGAUUACGAUUUAAUGUUGAUAUUAAUAAUGAUAUUAUUAAAUCAUUAGUUGUAAUAAAAGAUGGAAAUAUAUUAUAUACACCUGAAAAAGCACUUGAUAAAUCAAUUAAAAGUGAAAGUGUAUUCGUAUGUAAGAAAAAAGAAAUUAUAGAAUCAUCUUCAAAAAAAAAAAUUAAAUAUCCUACAGGGACACGUUUAAUAGAAAAGUUUAUUGAAUCGGAUCCUUUUUUUUAUAUUUCUUUAUUUCUUGUAGUAAUAAUUACAUUACUAACAGGAAAAAUAUUAUCACAAUCUGAUUUGUAUCAUUUAUUUUUAUUUACAUUAUCCAUAAUUGUUGGUUAUUAUUGUGUUUGGUCAGUAACCCCAUCUUUACACACACCAUUAAUGUCUGUAACUAAUGCGCUAUCUGGAGUUAUAAUUAUAGGUAGUAUGAUUGAAUAUGGUAAUGGUUUUAAAAGUUUAAGUUCAAUUUUAUCAAUAAUAGCUACUUUUUUAUCGGCUAUCAAUUUAUCUGGUGGAUUCUAUGUAACAAAAAGAAUGCUUGAUAUGUUUUUGAAAUAA